AUGGAGGGUCAACGAAGCUUAAAAAAGGUGAACGUUUAUAAGCGCCUUCCAUAUCUGUAUUUGGGGAUGUUUUUCAUUGGGGGACUGUUGGAAGUAGUUUUUUGUUCCACCAAUUUUUACCAAAUAUAUAACAUAGGCAAAAACGAAAAAAAAUCGGAUGAAGACUUAACAAAGCUUAUGAAAAGAUAUGAACUUAGACAGAAACUUAAAGAAAAAGCCACACAAAUUUCAGAAGAAUAA